CAUCAGUUGUGCGCUGGAAACGAACGCGUGCAGUUUGAAUUUUUGGAUUUCUCAAAAAACACAUUAAGCAACAAAAAAUAUAUAUUAUCAAAUUUGUAGACUGUGCGCGCAACAUUUAUGCGAUUUAUUUGCAAUUCUAGCUGUCUAUAGCUAGUAAUCAACAAGGACCUGAAACUGAUGUCGUUGGCUUGUCAAUAAAAGAAAACGUACGAAAGAGCCAAAGAGAGCAAAGACAUCAUAAGCAAUUUAUAGUGUGGGUGCAGUUGCCACACAACAACAACAACAACAAGAACAACAAGAACAACAAGAGAAACAACAACAAGGAUGUCCACUGCGUGGGUGUGACACGGAUUACCUGUGCGUCGCAGUCGCAGUCGACGUCGCAGUCGACGUCAGGCCAUUAGGCAAGCGGCCAAGGAAUACAGUGAGAAAACUGCUUGUGGUAGUGCGUUGUGCUUGGUAACGGUUUUUGUUGUCUUAACUUGUUACAAUUACCGUUUGACUACAGCCGUUAUUGUGCUCACCUUCUUUCUGUGGUGCGCGUGUGUGUUUGCGUGUGUGUGUGUGUGUGUGUGCAUUGGUGUGGCCCCAAAUUGUCCGUUACGCCCGCAACGAACGGUGAUUGGAUUCGCUACGUGUUGUUUCCUGGUUUCCUUCACUCGGACUCGGACAAUGUCGUCGUUGUCGUUGUCGCCGUAAUGUUGCUCCCUUUGGAUUAUUGCGCAUGAUAAUUGAAAAAAACAUUUCCUUACAUAUUUUUUGGUUUACUUUUAUUUUUUUUUUUUGUUCUUUGGCAUCGCCUUUGUCGCCAAAAUCGUUUAAUUGGAAAUUUGUUAUUUGGAUUCGGCGAACUGUGAAAAUACUACAACUGAACAAACUGUCGCAACAAAGGCAUUGCCGAAAUUGAAAAUGUGCUUCGAUUCGUGCCGUCUACUCGCAUUGUACUCGGUCUUAUUGUGUGACAAUAAAAGGAAAUGUAAUAAGCGUCGGCCAAUUAAAAAUCAAUAGAAAGUGAACAGUAACAGUAAGAAAUUAAAAAUAAAAAAAAGAAAAAUAGAACUACCACAAAAUGGAUUCAAACUUGGAGGACUUUAGCUGGUUAAACAGCAGCAUUGACAUCAGCAACAUGUACAACAUCAGCAAUCUUAACAGCAGCAACGACAUCAGCAACAUCUACAACAUCAGCAACAUCAGCGACAGCAACAGCUCGGAGAAUGCGACAAUGUCCUCGUUUUAUGCCGAUAUUGAGGAAAUACGAAGUGUCAUACGAUGGGUGGUGCCAAUAUUUUUCGGCACCAUCGCCAUCACAGGAUUCUUGGGCAACCUGUUGGUCAUCCUGGUUGUGCUGCUCAACAAGAACAUGCACUCGACAACGAAUCUAUUGAUUGUGAAUCUAGCAGCUGCCGAUCUAAUGUUUGUCGUACUCUGUGUGCCGUUCACGGGUGUGGAUUAUGUGUCUGUCAUUUGGCCAUUUGGCACCAUAUGGUGUCGGACCGUUCAAUAUCUGAUUGUGGUCACCGCCUAUGCCUCGAUUUAUACGCUCGUCCUCAUGUCGGUGGAUCGUUUCCUUGCCGUUGUACAUCCCAUCAGAUCGCGUAUGCUGCGUACUGAGCAUAUUACAAAGAUUGCCAUAUUUACACUAUGGGCUGUGGUGUUGACCAUCUCGAUGCCGGUCACCUUUGCGCAUGACGUUGAGUUUGCCUACAAUAACAACACGAACAUCACCUGGUCCUUUUGCCGCUUCACCAAUAAUGAUUGGCUGGACUUGUCCACCUAUCAGGUGACCUUCUUUAUCACCUCCUAUCUGCUGCCCCUGAUGAUCAUCAGUGGGCUCUAUGUGCGCAUGAUUAUGCGCCUCUGGCAUCAAGGAAGCGGAGUACGCAUGUCCAAGGAAUCUCAACGGGGCAGGAAGAGGGUCACUCGCCUGGUUGUUGUCGUGGUCAUCGCCUUUGCCUCCCUCUGGCUGCCUGUGCAGCUGAUAUUGCUACUCAGAGCUCUACAGGUGUAUACUUCAACCACCAUGCUAAGCGUCAUUGUGCAGAUUGUGGCACAUACAAUGGCCUAUACCAGCUCCUGCAUCAAUCCACUGCUUUAUGCCUUUCUCUCUGAUAAUUUCCGCAAGGCUUUCUACAAGGCCAUUAACUGUUCGAACCGCUACCAGAAUUACACAUCCGAUUUGCCGCCGCCUCGAAAAACGUCCUGUGGCCGCACCUCCACAACGGGCCUCUAAGCGCCACUUUGGCCACAGCUCCCAACAGCUGGUGACGUUGUGCAGGAACAGCAACAAAAUAUAUGGGUGUAUAUCCAAUCCAAGUGAUUGACCAACAACUGCGAUGAAGAUGUAGAUGUAGACAACAAGGAAUGGGAACAAAAGCGGGCAGAUUGAUUGCGAUUGCCUUGUGGACGCUUAAAGCGUCUGGUUUGGAAACGUGGCCAACCGGCUAAAUACGAGCAAUUAUAGGCUGAGCAUGUGUCGUUAAUUAACGGACAUGACGCAAAUGAAAGGACCAAUGUUAUCAACAACAACAACAACACCAGCAACAACAAAAACAACGAACUAAAACUUCUAUAGAAAUCGCUAACAAGGCAAGCGUUUUAAGUCGCGUUGCGCUUUGAGCGCGUUUUGUUAACGCUUAAUGUAAGCAUACUUCUAGUAUAAAUAAAUAUGUAUUUAUACAGUUAGUCAAGAAAGUGUUGUGACAAAAUCAAAAAUUUA